AUGAGGCAAAUAAGAGAAAGAGAUUUAACGCUCUCACAAAAUGCCUCAUCAGUUUUUUCUGAACAUAAUAUGGAAUAUUCUAAUAUGAUAGAUAUUUCUAACUAAAGCUAAUUAGAUUCUGAAUAAUUUAAAGACUAUUUUACAAUUAUUUACUCAGGAGAUUUGUCUUAGUUUAAAUUGAUUUAAGAAAAUAUUGAAAAAAAACUGUUUAGCUACAAUUUAAAAUAUUUAUAUUUGGUCAAUAUAAAUUAUUAUGAAAACAACAAAAAAUAUUUAGAAUAAUAUUUAAAAUUAAACCCUAAAUAGAACGAUUUAGUUAUUGCUCAUGGUAAUGUAGAAUCAAUUGAAGCUGACCAUGUUUAUUGCAUUUUGAAUGAUCACUUAGUUUACAUGUAAAAUGUUGAUGAUAAUAAUUUUAACUUACUUGCUUAAACUCUCUCUUUGAAAAUAAAUAAAGAACUUGAGAAAAUAUUCGUAAAAUAAAUAGAUUUUUGA